GCACCGGGCUGCUCGGUUGCUCCUAGGUUGAUUAGCACAGACUGCCUGGCUCCUGUACUGAAAGCGCAUCUCCAGAGAACAGAGUGACAGUUCUGAUAUAUUUCUGCUUUAAUAAAAGUCAUUAUACUCUUAGAGAAUGGCUGAUGAAGAGCUGGAAGCAAUUAGAAGGCAGCGAAUGGCAGAGCUUCAGGCAAAACAUGGGGACUCCAGUGAUCAGCAAGGCCAACAAGAAGCAAAGCAGAGGGAAACAGAAAUGAGAAACUCUAUACUGGCUCAAGUCCUGGAUCAGUCAGCCCGUGCCAGACUGAGUAACCUGGCACUGGUAAAACCAGACAAAGCAAAAGCAGUGGAAAACUACCUGAUUCAGAUGGCGCGUUUUGGCCAGCUUGGGGGAAAGAUCACAGAAAACGGUUUGAUAGAGAUCCUUGAAAAAGUCAGUCAACAGACAGAGAAGAAGACUACUGUCAAGUUUAACAGAAGGCGAGUGAUGGACUCUGAUGAAGAAGACGAUGAUUAAAAUGCUUGGCUGAAAAAGUCUGCUGGAAAGACGUGGAUGGGAGAGUCUGGUUUUCAAGAAAACAACCAGAAUGCGUCAACGUGGCCAACCAAAGGUGCUGUCUAAGGAGAGCAUCCUGCGAUAGAGACUCUAGACCUUUGGGAACACAGGAACCCAUGAGCUCACCCAUGUUGUUUGUGUUAUCUCAUUUUUCACUAUGGUUCGCUGGAUUUUUUUUUCAUACAGGUCUAACUGCAGUAACAGAAUUGCUGCAGUAACAUUUCACUAGAGACUGCUUUAGAUAGAUUUAAUUAGCACCAUAAUGAAACAGGCCUCAUUGUCAUAUCUCUCUGACUUUGUAGUCCCUCCCCCCUUUCUGACAUGUAUGUUCAACUGUUUACAUAAUAAAAAGCCUUAAAUACAGCUGGCACGAUAUACGUA